CUUUUGAAAUGUCUUAUUUUUUGGCUCGAUCCUCGCCAAAGGGAAGGACAAUUGAGAUAUAACACAGCUCAUUAUGCGAUCCACACUUCAACACACCAGCCACAUCGGUGGUGGGUGGUACACCAGCCAAUCUGCUUCCCCGUGCAGACUGGCUCCCGGAUCGCGACAGAGGCAAAAUGAACUUGCUUUACCCUUCCAAAGACAGCUGCGAGUGAAAUGACCACGAUCGAAGGUUCUGUUGCAACUAUCUAUUUUCACGUUGCCAGAGCUCCUGGAAAUCGAAUUAUGGGAUACAUCACCAUUUGAUCCUUACAAGUUGAAGGGCAAGGAUAUUGAUUUCCACCUAUUCUUGUUUUAUACCUUUUCGUGGAUGUGAUUCCCCUGGCGUAGGUCUAAUUGUUGUUAAUGGAUUGGUCUCCCCGUUCUGUCAUCUGGUUGCGGGACUUAACCCAACACCUUAUGGCACGAGCUGAUGACAGCCACGCACCACUUUUGUCCGCGUUCCCGCAGGCACCCCUCUCUUUCAAGAGGAUUCACGGCAUGUCAAGCCCUGAUGCUCUAAAUCAACAUCAUUUUGCAAGAUACAUGCACAGAAGGAGCAGACGACCUUUAACAUCCUUUCUGCCUAGAGAGGAUUGCAUGUAUUCAAGAGUCCUGACAGGCAGCAGCUUCCUGAUGAGGAAAUCAACCACAACCAGUAUUUCUAGUUUUCAAAUUGAGUUUGCUACUAUUAUCUUCUACCACUUACAAGGUGCACAAAACCCUUCAAAUGAGCAAAGAAUCAGGGAUCUUCACAUGAGGGCUCCAGAAGAAGCUGUUUGAUGGAAUGGCUGUGGCAGAGGAUACAGGCGAGAAAAAAGGAAAGAAGAAGAAGAAGAACGAGACAGCUUGUAAUUUUUCUUUUUUCUUUAUGAAGUUUUGCAAGCCAUCACGUGUGGAGCCCUGCCCAUUUUGGCCAGAAAAUCAGGCCGUUCCACUCAGAUGGAGCUAGUCAGUGUGGCCCACCUGAUGGAAAGCUCAGAUCUUGCACCUGUUCCUGAACAUGUGAUGCUAUAUUGGCAUGUGCGUCAAUGAUGGCUGAUGUGUGGGCUGGACUGUUCAGCAUGGAUCAAGGAUAGGGAUAAGGCUUACUUUGUGGAACUUUUUACGAGGAGCAUCGAACAUGCCGGCCAUAAAGAUGUAUCAAAAGUUCUGAUGAUCAUUUCCAACCUCUCAUAUCAACAUACAACAGCUUUUCUCUGUACUACCACCUUUUUUUUAUGAGGGCGUCAAUUGACCUGCCACAUGGCAUCUACUGUAGGCUUUAUGUAGGUGCGCUUCACACACCCACAGAUUUUAAUGGGCCAUUACCAGAACCACCCGUUUUUUUGACAAAUUGAUUGAAAUGCUGUAUAUCUUGAAUUGACCAAAUCACCCUGAAAUCAUCAAAACGUUCUCCACUUAUUAUUAUUAUUAUUUGAUA